AUGAAUCUUACGCAGGAUGGAUGUUGGCAGACCAAAGAAAAAGCGGAGCGAGCUCGAGUUGCUCCUCGGCAACGGGGAUGCAGCAGCCCUGCAUUGGCAGACGCAACUGCAGAGAGCGAUGAGCAGCUUGCUCGUCGGCUGCACGAGGAGCUUAACGGCACGCGAAUGACGCGGCGUGGCAGCAAAGCGGUGACCGAGGACGGCGGCGUGGCCCUGUCGCCAGCGGCACGUAGCACGGCUUCUCCGCAUGGGAAGCCAAAGGCCGUGGAGACGCCUAGGGCGCACAGCGGCGGUCCGGGCCGCGUCUCUCUGCCGUCCCUACCUUCCAUCUCCGAGUCUGCGCCGGCUGCAGGCGAUGCAGUGGCCAGCACUGCUGCGGAGGCGAGCACAGCGGAGCCAGGCAGUGGAACGACGGGGGCUGCUGCCGGGACUGGGGUCGGCGGCUCAGGCUCAGGACCGGGACCGGGACCGGGGUCAGCCCCGGGCUCUGGCACGGAGGGUGGCGGGGAGGCGGUGAAGCGGAAGCGGAACAGCGUGCCUGCACGGGAGCUGCAUCUGCUGUUGCAGCAGGCUUCGUCCGCCGGUGGCAGGGCUGCUGAUGGUGCGUUCAGUCCUACCCGCAGCGCCCGGGGUGGGUCUAUGGCGAACACCCGGGUGGACCCAUCGGCGGCAAGCAUUGACUCGCAACACGCUCAACAGCAAAACAACUCGCCACAUCAGCAAGGCGGCGGCCAGCCGCUGCCCCGUCGCGAUGCGGACCGCAGCAACGGCAACGGCCAGCAAAGCCACCAGCCAGCUGGCAGCUCUGUGUCGGCGGCCAUUGCGCCGCCGCCGUCGCCGGGCGCGCGGCCGCCGGCCCCCCCGUCGCUAUUGCCACCGCCGUCGCUGCUUCCGCCCAAGCUGAAACAGCGCUACCUGGCGGGGUUGAGCAGCAUGAACCAGCCACCACCCUCUUCGGUUUCUGCGUCAGGGAGCAACGAUGGGAGGAGGACGGAGGGCCAUGCGGCGCGCGGCAGCGUGGGCACACCCACUACCGCCACGGCCGUGACCCCCAACUGUGUGCUGGGCGGCGCGGGCAACACCCUGCUUAGCGGUCCGACACGGGAAGGAAGCAGUGUGGUAUCACAGUCACCGUCCCAAUCGCAGUCCCUGUCGCCGUCGCGGGGGCGCGACCGCUCUGGCUCUGGCGCGACUCACAUCCCCCCCCCGGACGCGGCCACCGCUGCCGAAGCAGGCGCGGCAGCUGCCUCGGCGGCGUCCUUGGCUGCUGCAGGCCCACGGGCCCUCGUGACCACGGGCGCCAGUAUUGGGGGCUGCAGCUCCACAGACGAGACGGAGAACGACAACGAGAACAGCUAUGUUGCGGCUGCAGCUGGCACAGCUGACGGCGAUCCGUCGGCCACGUCACCCAAGCCGUUUUCACCAGCACUGGCGCUGCAGCUACCUCCGCCGCUACCGGCCACGGGCGCGGCAUUGCAGAAACAGCAUAAGGCUGCUCAGGCGGCCGGGCCGCCGCCCGCUAUGGGAUCCGACCUCGCUGAUGAGGACCUGCACUCACAGCCCCAGGGCAGGGCCGGCCAGCGACAAGCGGCGGUUGGCGCUGCAGCUGCACAGCCUUCCGGCCAGGGAAAACAGGCGCCUGCAGCUGCGCAGGGACAUUCGCUGUCUGGCCCACUGAAGGUGCCUAAGCUGCCGAUGAUCCGUGCGGGCCGGGGCUGGUACCGGGGUCGGCUGAUGCGGGAGUCGGUGGAUGGGCAGCGAGUACUGGGAGACGGCGCCUGGGAGCCCAAGCCCACCGCCUUUAAGCGGGGCAAGCUGGGCUCAUCCUCCAACGGCCUGCCGCUGCCAUUACCGCCGUGGGCGGUGGGGGAUUCCGGAGCCGGCGCCGAAGCGGAGGCCCAGCAGCCAUCAGCUGCGGCUGCGGGUGGCGCGGACGGGGGCGGUGCUGGGGCCGCCAGCGCGGAAGGGCACCGGUCCAAGCGCGAUCGGGGCGACUGGUCGAGCUCUGAUGACACCAGUGUAGGUGUAUAUGAGCAGGAGGUUCCUGCGGUUCCUGAGGUUCCUGACCAGGAUUAUAGGGUUUCGGGUCGCCCUAGGACGGACCAUCACCCCCACCCCCACCCCCACGGGGUAGGAGGGCUUUGGGACGACGACAUGGAUCCGUCCGAGGAGCAGCACCAACAACACCAACAACAGCAGCAGCACCACCAACAAGUGGUAGCGGCGACGGAGGAUCCAAGCACACGUUCCGGGCAGCGACCUCACAGACGCAGCUUCCCAGCAGUUACCACGGGAAUCUCGGGAAGCGCACCGGCAGUGCCUUCGGCGGAGCCGGCUGCGGCGGGAGCUUCAGGGGACGGCAAGAGUGGCGAAAUCGAGAUGGGUGGCGCCGGGCCUGUGAGUGGGGUCGCGGCAGGGCAGCCUGCCAACGUGGAUGUCGCGGGCGAGCAGGCGGAACCGCGUACGGCAGCGGCGGCACCAUGGGAUUGCGCGGCUGCUACGCUAUUCGGCCCAAGCCAAAGGGCGCCGCUACAGGGCGCGGCGGCGCUGCCGGCAGCUGACGCGGCCAGGGCCAGUCCGGAGGGCGCUAGCGCCAGCGCUUCCGUAGACAGCGGUGCCGUCGACGCCGCCGCCGCCGCCGCCACUGCUGCUGCUGCUGCUGCGAAAGCAGUGCAUGGGAAAAGCGACGGUAGCGGCAGCAGCGGCGCUGCGCUGGCGGCGGCCGCGGCGGAAGAGGGCAGCGAUGCUGGGGGAAUAACUUGGGAGCCGGGUGUCGCACACCCACGAAAACACAUCCCCAGACGGGCGCGGCGACGGCAGGAGAGAGUACGGACACCGUUCGAGGGUGUGCAGUUCCCACUGUCGUAUCAUCAUCAUCAUCAUUCGCAGUCGAACCCGUACGCGUUUUAUCCAGUGUUGAGUGAGGAAUCUGGGGGUGACGGGGACGCCUCCGAUGCCGAACAUGGAGGCGGUGGCCGGCGCGGCAGCGGCGACGGCACGGCUGUGCCGCACCACGGCAGCCGCCGGCGCGCCGCCGCCAGGGCAGCAGCCGUGGCCGCAGCUGCGGCCCGUGCGGAAGCCGAGGCGGAGGAGGAGGAGCAGGAGGAGAUCCUGCUGGGCCGGCGGCCGCCGCGGCGGGACCGCUUUCAUCCCCAUUCGCAGUACAACGGCAACGGCGGCGCCGCUGCCCGCCGCAACUACCACAGCCAUCAUCAUCACCACCGAUCUCGGAGCGGCGCCCGGACGGACUACUACCUGUACGGCGAUAGCAGCGGCAACCUGGACGACCCGUACAGCUGCGACUUGGGGGCAAAUGCACUCUGGCCGUCAGCGCGGCCACGCGCGGGCAGCCGAGGUACCUCCCAGCCGGCGCCUGAGUACGGCUCCGGCGGCAGCUUGGGAGCCUGGGAGUCGGUUCAAUGGCAGACACCGGGGGAUAACAGGGCGGAUGUGGCGCAGGCACCGCCGGCGCCACAGCGGAACCGACGGAAGGGUAAGUCUGAGGGGAUUAGCGGGGGCAUAGAACACGGGGAAUAG